AUGGAGAAGGACAACCAUGAGGACGAUGGUGAGGAUUUGCCACCCGAUAUAAAUCAGAUAAAAGAGCAAAUCGAAGAGGAGAGAUUUCUGCAUAUCAAGAAAACAUUCGAGCUGAGAUGCAUUCCAAGUGUAGCUGCUCAUGCUUCACACCAUCAAUCGUUUGACUUAAACCAGCCCCUUGCAGAGGAUGAUAAUGAAGGAGACAACAAAACACUUCUUUCUAGAAUGCAAAACCCACUUCAUCAUUUCAGUGCCUUAUCUGAUUCUGAUACUUACGAAGAUCAAGGUUGUGUUUUUAAUAAAGAGGCACCAUUAUUUCCAAGUGUCAACCUUCCAGUUGUUGAGCAGCUACCACGAUCCCUUACAUGGGUCUUCAUCAAAAGUAGCCAGCUGAUGGCUGAAAGUGAUUCUGUGAUUGGUAAGAGACAAAUCUAUUAUUUGAAUGGUGAGGCACUAGAAUUGAGCAGCGAAGAAGAUGAAGAAGAUGAAGAAGAAGAUGAGGAAGAAGCCAAGAAAGAAAAAUGCGAAUUUUCCAAAGAUGUAGACCGGUUUAUAUGGACUGUUGGGCAGGAUUAUGGUUUGGAUGAUCUGGUCGUGCAGCGUGCUCUCGCCAAGUUCCUCGAAGUGGAAGUUUCCGAUAUAUUGGAAAGAUACAAUGAGCUCAAGCUUAAGAAUGAUGAAACUGUUGGUGAGGCUUCUGAUUUGACAUCCAAGACAAUAACUACUGCUUUUCAGGAUUUUGCUGAUAGACGUCAUUGCCGCCGUUGCUUGAUAUUUGAUUGUCAUAUGCAUGAGAAGUUUGAGCCCGAGUUUAGACCCAGCGAAGACAAAUCUGGUUUGUUUGAGAAUGAAGAUAGAGAACCAUGCAGUGAGCAUUGUUACCUCAAGGUGAGGAGUGUGACAGAAGCUGAUCAUGCGGUAGAUAAUGAUAACUCUAUAUCAAACAAGAAUGUGGUCUCAGAUCCAAACACAACUAUGUGGACGCCUGUGGAGAAGGAUCUUUACUUGAAAGGAGUUCAAAUCUUUGGGAGAAACAGUUGUGCUAUUACAUUAAACAUACUUCGGGGGCUUAAGACGUGUCUAGAGGUUUACAAUUACAUGCUUGAACAAGAUCAAUGUACUAUGUCAUUAGUCCUUCACAAAACUACAAAAACAAAGAAUCAGGUUAACAAAAAAGUAUCUCGAAAAGGUACUAGGUCGGUCCGCAAAAAAUCCAGACUCCGAAAAUAUGCUCGUUAUCCGCCUGCUUUGAAGAAAACAACUAAUGGAGAAGCUAAGUUUUAUAAGCACUACUCACCAUGCACUUGCAAGUCAAAAUGUGGAUAUCAAUGCCCUUGUUUAACUAAUGAAAAUUGCUGUGAGAAAUAUUGCGGGUGCCCGAAGGAUUGCAACAAUCGCUUUGGAGGAUGUAAUUGUGCAAUUGGCCAAUGCACAAACCGACAAUGUCCUUGCUUUGCUGCUAAUCGUGAAUGCGAUCCAGAUCUAUGUCGGAGUUGUCCUCUUAGCUGUGGAGAUGGCUCUCUUGGUGAGCCAUCAGAGCAAAUACAAUGCAAGAACAUGCAUUUCCUCCUUAAAAAAAAUAAGAAGAUUCUCAUUGGAAAGUCUAAUGUUCAUGGAUGGGGUGCAUUUACACCGGACUCUCUUAAAAAGAAUGAGUUUCUAGGAGAAUAUACUGGAGAACUGAUCACUCAUGAGGAAGCAAAUGAGCGUGGGAGAGUAGAAGAUCGGAUUGGUUCUUCAUACCUCUUUACCUUGAAUGAUCAGCUCGAAAUCGAUGCUCGCCGUUAUGGAAACAAGUUCAAAUUUCUCAAUCACUCAGCAAGACCUAACUGCUACGCCAAGUUGAUGAUUGUGAGAGGAGAUCAGAGGAUUGGUCUAUUUGCAGAGAGAGCAAUCGAACAAAAUGAGGAGCUUUUCUUCGACUACUGCUAUGGACCAGAGCAUGCGGAUUGGUCUCGUGGUCGAGAACCUAGAAAGACUGGUGCUUCUAAAAGGUCUAAGGAAGCCCGUCCAUCUAGAUAGAUUUGGAUCUGAGGAGAAGCAGCAAUACAAGCAGUCGUUUUUUAAAGUUAUGG